AUGAAACCCAAGGCAGAGGAGCUUAUCUGCCAGGUUGUUUACGACGAGAUGGAUCAAAUAAAAGGGAAGAUGACGCUGAAAGUACUUGACAUCACGGACGAACACCUCAGUCAAUGGUCGUUUCGUUCAUCAAUUCAGGAUCCUAUCACCGAGGCGGCACCGACACUCUGUCGUAUUCUCACAUCGGCUGCUCAGACUUCCAAGGCUCAGAGGUUGAACAAGAAGAAACAGCCCGAUGUACUUGUUGCCGUUAUUGUUUCUCAGCUAGCCAACCAUCGGUCUCGGUUCUGCAUCUCGUUUGCCGGGGGUUUCUCGUUGACGGCAUACUUCUCUGGAUGCUCAGAGCUUGCGAUUAAUCUCCUCAACAAGUGUGGUCUCUCAAUCUCCUACGACUCUCUCAUGGCAAUCUUCCCCGCCCUUGCAGACUCCUGUAUUGAACUCGCUCGGCAGUUAGCACAAUCCCCCGAUGGAUACUCACUUGGUUACGACAAUACCAAUGUCAAGACAUCUAUACAUGUGGAGCAACGACGGGAUGCUCCAGCCAAAGUUCAGUCUGGUACAGCCUCGUGUAUCUAUACACUCUACAACAUUCAUGAUGGCUCCGCACUGGAACUCAAGCCAAUCUUGGCAAACUGGCGACGAAUUACUAGGCUCCCUCGUGCACUAUCUUUCAAGCAGGAUAUACGGCCAAAUCCUGAACAGAUUCAAGCCUUUGAUGCACAGUCUCUUGCUCAUAUUCUCCGUGUGCUUACGACUCACGUUGACGCUUUCAAAAAAUUCGAAGACGAUCCCUUAUUCUCAUAUCUACCACGUCGUAAGCUAUCAGAUACGCGACGACAACGUGCCUUUCCAUUGCGCACAACAACCAUCGAAGAAGCCAGUGUUGCCGGCAAUAUUCAAGUUCAUAACAACAUCCAUCUCGAGCAGCUUGGCAUGACUCGUGACAAGCUUGAAAAUCGUGCUAUCCCACUCGGUGUUGGACUGUUCCACCUUCUUCUCAACUUACUCUGGUGUGUCCUUGGUAUCCACCGUGGCAAAGACGAUGAUCUGGGGUCUUUGAGCUGGUUCUUCGUGCUUGUGUCUCGUACUCGCCUUGGAGCUCAGCAUCCUGACUUCCAUUUACUCAAAAACACUCUGGCGCAAAUCUUUGACGGCCUGAUUCUCCACUUCUGGCUUGUCGAGUCUGGCUGCUCUGACUUCACCGCCUUUGCUGCCAAGAACUGCACAGCAGAGGAGCUGACUCAUAUUGCACGGUGUAUUCAACGCAAAUAUACCACAAUAGGGAGCUCUAAUGACAAUGAAACGGGUGACCUUGCCCGUGAAAACAUCAAACGGCUUCUCCGUGACUUAUUGUACAUCCGUGAAGUUGACUAUGCUAUCCGCGAUGGCGACUGGGGAAGAAUUGAAGACAUUCUCGGUCCAUUGUGUAUGAUGUUCCGUGCAGGAGGCUCGAACAAUUAUUCAACAGAGAUCAUGCACCUUAUCUUGCAACUGAAGUACAUCUGGCCAUCGGACUUUGCGUAA